UUCUCUCUCUGUCUCUGUCUCUGUGUCUCUCUCUAUUGUGGGGUCACCACAAUCUAUUUCUCUCUAUAGAACCAAACCCUAACAAUAGACAUUUCUCCGACAUGGUUUCCGACGGGGUGGUCCCACAGCUCUCCCCUUCCACCUCCUCCUCCGAGCCCCAACCCCCCAACUCCGCCCCUGCCCUCUCCCCCGAUCCUCUCGCCCUGGUCCCUGCAGCCCCCGCCGACGGCGACGGGGACGCCCCUGAGGCCGCCAUCGUCUCCCUGCAGGCACCCACGACCAAGAAGCUGCCCGUGUCCCGCAAGCGCAGCGCCUCCGCCUCCAAGGACCGCCACACCAAGGUCAACGGCAGGGGGCGGCGCAUCCGCCUGCCGCCCCUCUGUGCCGCCCGCGUCUUCCAGCUGACCCGCGAGCUCGGACACUGCACCGACGGCGAGACAAUCGAGUGGCUCCUCAGCAAGGCCGAGGCCUCCAUCCUCGCCGCCACCGGCUCCGGCAUCAUCCCCGCCGGCCCCUUCUCCACCCCCUGCCGAGAAAAUCACGCCCUCUCCGCCGCCAAUGUCACCCCUGCCGUCUUCUCUUCUGUGGCUCCCUACGGGCGCCUUGACCUCUGCAGCCCCUUGGCUUUUGGGUACGCAGCCGCAGCAGCGGCGGCCAACGGCGAGGGGUACCAGCACAUGACCUUCACCGCGCUGCUGCUGCAGCCGCCGGCGCCAGAGAAGGCGGAGGAGAAGAAGCACGGAGACACUCUGGCUCUCAUUGAUGAUCAUGUCAAAAAUUAAACUGGCCAAAACCCAAAAGGCCUGAUUUUUGGUUCUGGUGGGGCAAUCCAAUGUAUAGAACUGAACUCUCUGCUCAAAUUUUUUUUAUUUUUUUUCCCUUUUUUAGAAUUUUUCUUGUAUUAGUGAUUGAGAAGGGAAAAAAGGAAUGAGAUUUUCAGGAAGGUAGGGAAGGGCGGUCUUAGGAUUUUCUUCUGAUGAGGAAAGUAGUAACUUUUUUUUUUUUUUGUAGACUUGUCUACUGUCUUGAUUAAUGGACCCCC